AUGGCCGACAAUAAUAACAACAACGCUGUCCCACCACCUGGAGGAAGGUUCGGUGACACUCUUAGGUCGGGAGUCGACUUUCUAGGAGAAUUCGCCUACGCGAAUGACAACGUGAACAUUCCUCCUCAUUACAUUAGCUUGGUGAACGGGGGAAAUCUCUUCCAUGGGCGAGACGAUGAGGAUCCGAUGAGCCACCUCAACGCGUUCUAUGAAUUGACGAACUCUCAUCGACCCCCGAAUGUGGACCAUCAUCAGAUUAAGAGGGCCUUAUUCCCUUUCUCACUGAGGGAUAAAGCACGGGCGUGGUAUGAUUCUAUUCCGGGAUACAACAUAGCCACAUUCCAAGAGUUGAAGAUGUUGUUCCUCUUGGAAUAUAACUCUCCGAUGAAGAUUGAGAAGUUGAGAGAGGAGAUCACUACCUUCCGACAGAAAUAUGAUGAGUCUUUUGCGGAAGCGUGGAAGAGGUUCACUGAAUUGCUUAGGAAAUGCCCGAGCCAUGGUCUUGCUCCAGGGCAUGAGCUACUCAAGUUCUACAAGGGACUCAAUAAUGAAGGCACGGGCUUGGUGACUGCAGGCUCUAAUGGGAACUUGGACGACUUAACUCACGAGGAAGUGAGAGCCCUGUUCCAAAGGUUGGCGAACAACCAAAGGAAUUGGCAUAAUCCAAGAAGAGCGGCUGAGAAGGUAGGAGAUACAUUUGGUGCUACCAAAGAUGCGGAAAGAGUGACAGCCAUUGAGGCUCAAUUGGCGGACAUUAGUACCCAGAUGUCUUCAAUGACGAAAGCAGUGAAAUCUCUUCACCUAACUCCUCAACCUCAAGCAGUGACCGUUAUGAAGUGUGGGUUGUGUCAAGGUGGACAUCACACUGAUCAAUGUCCAAGUCUUCAAGGGCCACCAGUGGAGGACGUGAACUACAUCGGUAACCAUCAUCAAGGUUUCAACCAAAGCAACCAAUACAACAAUCAGCAGAAUUGGAGGCCUCAAUAA